GCCAAAUCGAUCGUUGAUGCGCACAGCGGCCUUCACAAUGCAGAAUGGUGAGGUUGUGCGUCGUUCAAUAUCACGCCAUUACGCUGAUGUAAGCGCACAAGAUGGUAACAUCUCUCACCUUCUCGUGUUCGUGUCCGAUGCCGAAAGAAAUGCCUUCCCCACGCUGUUUGCACUCUCUGAGAAUGACAUUGAGAGCAUCUGGUCAAACGUGUCAUCCUUCAUUGAACGUCAGAUGUUGUGCCAGAAGGGGGUACACAUUGCAAGGUUGGGGACCUUUACAUUCUCUGUCCAGAGAAGGGAUGUAGGCAGAAAGCACAAGCUGAUCCAAAGGCCUAUCUUUCUUCUGGCGGAGAAGUUCAAACUCUUCACUGGCCUGAAACAGAAGAUGGCCUCACCCUCAGCUGGAGAGGUGCCGGUGGUGCCGCUGAACUUCAGCGCCCUGUCGGUAGACAGCCCAUUCGAGCGUGACGUCGUGGAGCUUUGUGUGCGGGAGAGCCUGAUGCUGCUGAUGAGCAUGGUUGCAAAGCGUGCGGCCGUCCUGUUCAGCUUUCACGGCAUCGGCCUGCUGUCCUUUCGGCAGGGCCAUGUCCGCAUGAGGUUCGACCAAGACUUCCUCACAGCUCAAGACAGGGUGUGGGGUCUGGGCUACAAGAACAACAACAACAGUAGGGUAAGCAGCUACACAGCCCAUAAGUGCUGUCCAGACAGAGACCAUGAGCUGUCUCCACUCCAACCCAGCCGCUCCUCACUGGAUGUGAGGAACCAAACCUCCUCCUCCUCCUCCUCUUCCUCCUCAGAACACAAGGAAGAGGGUGGGAAUCGAGAAAGAAAGAAAGCUGACCACACUACUGGCCAGUGGGACAGAAGAGAGACUCUAAAGCUGGCCACAGUGAAAGGGAUAUGCCUGACCGAAGACCUGGAGGUCUCUCCACAAGAGCAAACAGAGAAUAGAUUGCAGCAGGGAGGAGAUGGUGAGGUCAAGGAGGACCAGGAGUUCCAUUUCUGUGAAGGCUACUGUCAGGACAUUGGGCAGGAGCUGUGCAACUUCUGUAGGGAGCGUGCUCAGAGGAACAUGUCGACUGAAAAUUUGACUGAGGAGAGGAGGUGGGUGAAGAAGGAGGAGGAGAGGCUCUUAAUGAUCAACCAGGAGAAGCUCAACCAGGAACAAAUGCACAGAGAGCAGGCUCAUGAGAAGCUGUUGAGGAGGAGGAACGAGCAAGAUGCUGAGUGUAACAUUGAGAUGGCGAAGGCCAGGGAGAGGGAGGCUCAGCGGCGUAUCAAGUAUCAUGGGUCAUACCUCUUCCCUGGGACCCCUCCCCUAGUCCGCUCCAUGGGACCCUACUGGACUCCCACCGCAACAGCAGGCUCAGACAUGGACCGGCUUGGUCAGAUGGAACUGGCUGACGAGAUCUCAGAGCAGAGGCAUCAGCAGCUGCAGAGGAAGGUCAGUGCUGUCAGGUGCUAUAAGAGGGCUCUGGACACCCAGUGCAACGGAGGCUGCACAGGCCUGGGCCGCACAACAAGGUCGCCUGCGGAGAGCCCGGGCUUUUGCCGGUACGAUGAAGUGCCCAGUGAGCUGGCAGAGCAGAAGCAGAGGGCACGAGAGCUGCGGCAGCACCAGAUCAACGCCGCCACCCUCAGGCGCCGGGACGAGCGCUUCAGCCGCAUCCUGGAGCAGAAGAGGGAGAUCGACAUGCUGAACAGGACGCGGCAGGAGAUGAGAGCAGAUCUUGUGACUCGUCAUAAGAAGCUGCGCGCCAUGAGAGGGACACUGGAGGAUCUCUGGGCUCGAACUGUCGAGGCCAAGAGGCUCCGAGAACAGGAGGAGAGGAGCUUCAUGAGGGCUGGUGGUCGUCUGGUGAUUGACCAGUGUACCGAGAACCAACGCUGUGGGCAGUGCCAGAGACGGCUCGGUUUCUGUGGAGGAACUAACUUGUGGAAGGAAUCCCGCUACAUCACUGGCUCCCGACUGAUGGUGUAGUU